AUGUCCAUUUCUCAAUCUUCACCACCAAAAAAACUAAACUUUACUGGGAAAAAAAAAAUACAGGGUAAAUUUUUUUUGCCAUUUUGUUUUUCUUCAAUAAUGGUUGAAUCGAAGCAUACAGGGCCAUGCUAUAAUGGCCACAUUAUAGUUAUAUCAUUUCCUUUACAGGGUCAUGCAGCUCCGCUGAUCAAGCUUUCAAACAGGAUAAGAAAAUUUGGAGUUAAAGUGACAUUUGUAACUACAGAGUUUAUCCACUCUAAAAUGGCUUCUUCAAUGCCUGGACCUGAUGAGACAGACGGGAAUCCAAUCAGGUUCGUGUCGUUUCCUGAUGGGUUGGAGUCUGAUAUUGAUAGGAAAGAUCAGAAAAAGAUGAGCAGUAGUAUAUAUAAAUUGAUGCCUGGUCAAUUGGAAGGAUUGCUUAACCAGGUUAAUAAUGGUUCUGCUGCUGCUGAUCAUGAUGGUGAGAAGUUUACAGGUGUUAUUGUGGAUUCGCCGUUGGCAUUUCUGAUGGAUAUUCCUAAGAAAAUGGGGAUCAAAUGUUCUACUUAUUGGUGCUCUACUCCUGGAUGCUUGUCUCUCGGAUGCAAUGUUGAAAAGCUUGUGGAGGCUAAAGUCAUUGAUCCUGUUGAUGGGACCCCGCUGAAGAGCGAUGAGAGGGUUCAGUUAGUACAAGGGAUGCCAGGAAUGCGCCCGAACGAAUUCACCUGGUGUUUUCCGGCUGAUCUAGAUCGUCAAAGAGAAAUGUUUCACUACUUCAAAGGAGUGGUGGACAACAUGAUUCGUAAAUCAGAUUUUAUUUUGUGCAACUGGUUCCACGAUCUUGACAAAAGUGGCUCGAAUUUGGUCCCGAAUCUUCUCCCUGUUGGUCCAUUACUUGCUGACGGCCAAUCUGCUGGAAGUUUUGAAUCAGAAGACUCCAGUUGUGUAACCUGGCUUGAUAAACAGGCUCCAAAGUCAGUCAUUUAUGUUGCAUUUGGAAGCACUUCUAGGUUCAGCGAAGAACAGAUCAAGGAGAUUGCAUCAGGGCUCGAACUUAUGGAGAAACCUUUCCUUUGGGUGGCAUGGUCCGGCCUAACCAAUGGAACUUCCAUGUCAUUUCCUGAUGGAUUCGUCGACAGAGUCGCAGGUCGUGGGAAAAUCGUUGAUUGGGCGCCUCAAGAAAGGGUCCUAGCUCAUCCUUCCAUUGCCUGUUUCAUAAGCCAUUGUGGUUGGGGUUCAUUCAUGGAGAGCAUAAGCAUGGGAGUACCAUUCCUGUGUUGGCCAUAUUUUGGAGAUCAGUUGUACACACAGACUUGUAUCUGUGAAGCAUGGAAAGUAGGGCUUUGGUUAAAUGCUGAUGAAAAGGGGAUCAUUUCAAGGAAUGAGAUUAAGAAACAAGUCGAUAACUUGUUUUCUGAUGAAAAAAUCAGAUCAAAUGCAAUGAAGCUGAAAGAAAUGGCCAGAGAGAGCAUCAGUGAAGGCGGAUCUUCAUACAAAAGCUUGGAGCAUUUUGUCAGCCAAUGCAGUAAUAGUAGUACUACUACCACUAAUGGUGCUUCAGGGCACUGA